GACCGGCGGCGGGCGUCACUUCCCGCGGCCGGAAGGUUCCAGACGUUCGGCGGGGAGCUGUCAUGGCCGUGGCGCGGGAGGAGUUGCAGAAGGAUUUGGAAGAGGUUAAGGAACUGCUCCAGAAAGCCACUAGGAAGCGGGUGCGUGAUGUCCUUGUGGCAGAGAAACACAAGCUGGAGCUGGAAAUCAAAAGUCAGCCUCCACCAAAGCCAAAAGAUGUGGCAGAGGAAGAAAAGUCAUCACUGGGAGGGUACACGGUGAAAAUAAACAGUUAUGGUUGGGAUCAGUCAGAUAAGUUUGUCAAGAUUUACAUCUCUUUAAAUGGUGUCCAGAAGCUUCCUGCUGAGAAYGUGCAGGUGAAUUUCACAGAGAGGUCAUUUGAUCUGCUAGUGAAGAAUCUGAAUGGGAAGAACUACACCAUGACCUUCAACAACCUCCUGAAGCCCAUCUCUGUGGAAGGCAGCUUGAGAAAGAUAAAGACAGAUACRGUCCUUGUGAUGUGUAAGAAGAAGCAGGAGGAAAAAUGGGAUUGUCUCACUCAAGUGGAAAAAGAAAGCAAAGAGAAAGUGAAAUCUGACUAUGACAUGGCAGAUCCUAGUGAAGGGCUUAUGAACAUGUUAAGAAAGAUAUAUGCAGAAGGGGACGACGAGACGAAGCGCACCAUCAACAAGGCCUGGGUUGAAAGCAGAGAAAAGCAGUACAAAGGAGAUAUACCAAUGGAUAUCUGAAAGUACUCUAAGGGCCGCCUUAACACUGAUCUUCCAUGUGAGACAUGCUGUGUUGCAAAGAUCAUCGUUUACACAACCUUCUUCCAAGCAAAGACAGUCAUUUUCCACUUCAGGUUGGAGAAAAUAUUUAAAUAAAGUAGCUUAUAAAGCAUUUCUGUCAGUCAAGUGUUUCACCAUUUCCUGAGGAGUGAAGCAUAGGUACAUCCUUAUUCCUCCUUGAAAAAGCAUCUCAGAUGAGUGGGUAGUGCUGUGUGACUAAGAACAGAAUGUAAAAGUAAAGGCAUCUUAAACUAGGAUGGGUCAAGUCUUCUGUUGCCACUGGAAGCUGUACCUUUGUGGUUGCUGGGGCUAGCACCAUGCUCACUUCACAGAGUGUAGCUUUUUGAUUAGAUAUGGGAAAGUGCAUAAGUGUAAAGCAUGUCACAAAUGGAGAACUGCUGAAGAAAGCAGAACCACAUCUUGAGCACUUGAUAGUGUAGCAGAUAGUUAAGGUGUAAAUCCUGUGAUACUCAAAUUUAAUGAUUAUUCUCAGAAACUAUCUGUCCAGCCUCUUACGAAUUUUGGAAAUUGAAGUGCUUUGUGCCAGCUGUGGGCAUCCUGGGGUGUCUUUGUGAUGGCAUCAGUCAGGAUGCAAUUUACAGUAAUCAGCAGGAGAGCAGUGAGCUGUGAUGCUGGACAGGGAGCUUGCCCUGGCUCUAGUAGUGUGUGAGGAAAUGGGGGAUAAGCUCCACUUUCACCAUAGACUUCAAAUGGGUUUAAGGUAACAGAGUAAGAAGUAUAUUGAGGUAGCUUAUACUCCAAAAUAUGACUCAGCUGGGUGUGAUGGGUUGCUCUCAGUUUGCUGCUAGUGAUAUUUGGCCCUUAUUGCCACCUCUCAGUCCCACUGCUGGGGAGGGAGACCGAGCAGCCACUGUCCCCCCACCCUUUAUUGCACUGCUUUGAAGAGGAGUACAGGGCAAACAUGACCUUAGCACUAAGCAAGCCUGUUGUUUGUGUGUCCUUCCUGCCUUCUCAUGUGUCUAUGUGUCUCCCAAGGACAGAUUGGUUGUUACCUAUGGAUUAAGGAAGCCAUUACUCUCCUGUUAGGGUCUGGACUACGACUUUCUUGCUACGUUUUCUUGAAGUAUUGGACUGAGCGCUGCACUACCAACAGGAGAAAUACCAGCAUGGUGUAGUUUCUAACACAUCUUUUAGCCACUUUGCUUGUUAAUAUAUGUAUUUAGUUUGCAUAGCAAGAGUAUCUAAACUUGAGGCCAUGUUUUAUCCCACUCUGGUUGCCUGUGUUCAUGGCAGAAUACCACUUUGCUGUGUUGUGCAGUUUUAUUUAUGCUUUUACCCAAAUUACCAUGAUAAACUUACUGUACAGUGGCAAAAAAAAACCUGCUUAAACAA